UGUCGAAUAACACUGAACUAGCUUCGUCUAAACUGAAACCAUUAAUUUUUGUUUACUGGUCCAGUGAACGAGGUCUUCAGGCACUGGUUCACUGUGAUUAAUUAUGCACUGAUAAGGCACUUGGAUAUAUUUCAUGGAUGACAUGCCCUGACAAGGAACGCUGUGUGAGCAAUGGAGCAAAAUUUUAUUUCUGCCCAUUUAUCUAAAGUCUCUCAGAUUCGAUGUAAUGACCUGUUCAGUUGGAAUCUACUGUUAUAUGGCGUCUUUCUUGCCCUGCUAUCAUCGCCGAUAUCUUGCAAGACGGAGCCCGUACGGAGAUCAAAGGAGCUCCGUAGCCUCGGGACAGCUUCAACAUGGCCAUUAAAGUUUUCUGUAAUGUUGGUGAUUAAAAUGAAGACACAUUCUGAUCAGCAUAUCUUUAGCCUGACUAAUUCAAAAAAGUCGGUCUUUUUGGGAGCAAAGCUUGGUUCAAAGGUGAAUUUGAACUACAGAAGUAGCAAUGGCUCAUUUCGAACGAUCAAUUUCAAUAUGAGUAUCCCGCUGAAAACGAGGUUCCGCCUUGUUCUGAUUGUGAGCGAUAACCAAACUAGUGUUUCUAUUAACUGUGAGAAGUUCGUAAGUAUGGACAAGCCAAGUGAUUUUCCGACUUUGAUGGAGGUGGCAGGGUCAUUAUCUGUUGGAGCACAGCAGUUGAAUAAGGUCGAAAAUUUCGAGUUUAGUCCUGAUCCGCAGCAUGGCUUGCAGUAUUGUAUAGAAAAAAGAAUUGGAAAAUGGCAACAGAAGUCCAAGAGAACAUCAGACUCGUUGCGUGGGAAUGAUUUGGUUAACAUAACUGGUCAUUCCAGUGAAAGGCUAAAGAAAAACUGUUCCGCGCCAGUUAUGAAAAUUGUCGGACCCCCAGGGCCAACAGGACAGAAAGGUGACAGGGGACCAUCCGGCCCCAGGGGAUACAAAGGAGAAGCAGGACCACAAGGUGAUCUUGGUGAAGACGGUAGACAGGGUCCUAGAGGGGCAACUGGUCAGGCUGGCCUUCCUGGUCUGCGAGGAUUACCAGGUCCAAGAGGUCUUGACGGAUUCCCUGGCAGACCUGGCAAAAAAGGCGAGAGGGGUAGACCUGGACUUAAUGGUGUUCCUGGGGAGAGAGGAUCAGAUGGCGAACAGGGAGACGCAGGAAAUAUUGGUUUACCAGGCCAGAAGGGAGAACCGGGCAUCAAAGGAGAGCAAGGAAUCGAUGGCGAACAGGGACUGCAGGGACCAGAGGGUCCACAUGGUAAAUCAGGCCCGGAAGGACCCGUUGGUCCAGUUGGCCCUCAAGGACCUCCCGGACCAAUUGGACUUCCUGGAGUACAAGGACCAAUGGGGCUUCCAGGACCUAAGGGUGAUAGAGGCUCAACUGGAACCAAGGGCGACAGGGGCCCGCCAGGACCACAGGGGUAUCAAGGAGUCGAUGGUCGACCGGGUUACCCAGGACAAGAAGGACCAACCGGAAAAAAGGGUGAACCAGGGAAGCCAGGACAGUCUGGAGAGCAAGGCCAUCGUGGAUACAAAGGAAGAAAGGGUUCAAGAGGUGUACCUGGACAAGCAGGCGAAAAAGGAACUCCGGGAUCUGAUGGCAAACCUGGUCACAAAGGAGCCACUGGACCAAAAGGGAGCCGAGGUAUUAUUGGUUUACCUGGAAAACGUGGACCUAUAGGAAAAGACGGACCACUGGGAAGACGAGGACACCGUGGUCCCCCUGGAAGACAGGGUCCUGCUGGUCUUCAGGGAGACAAAGGAUUUCCCGGAGCACCUGGUAUCCCAGGUACAAACGGUUUGAAGGGUGAUCCAGGAGAACCAGGAAUUUCUGGAGAAAAAGGAGAGAAAGGAGACAAGGGUAAGGAUGGCUUUUCUGGACCGCCAGGCUUGCAAGGAGAGAAGGGAUCUCAAGGCCCCAAAGGGAAGUCUGGAGAAAAUGGUGUGCGUGGUUUCAAGGGAGACAAAGGGAUGCAAGGUCCUCCAGGAGACAAGGGGCCAAUGGGUGCUCCUGGUCUUCGUGGUCUUCAAGGGCAACCAGGAGACAGAGGUACAGAGGGACCCGUUGGUUUACCAGGCCCGCCAGGAUACCAUGGAAGCAGAGGAAAUACAGGACAGACAGGUAAUCCUGGACCAGCUGGAGCACCAGGUCCCUCUGGAAGGAAGGGCUCUAUUGGACCUCCUGGCCUAUCGGGAGCAAGAGGUGAACCUGGAAAUCAGGGGCCUCGUGGUGACCCUGGUGAAGAAGGAGAAGCUGGUCGUGAUGGUGCUCGAGGAGACCCAGGUCCCAUUGGUCUACAAGGAAAACCAGGAGACGAGGGCCAAAAAGGUGAACCAGGUCCAGCAGGUCCUCAGGGAAUGCCGGGAAAUGACGGAAUUAAAGGAAAGGAAGGGAAACCAGGCAGCAAAGGCCCUGAGGGACCCUCAGGCGACCCAGGAGCCCCCGGCCCUCGUGGCACACCGGGAAUUCAGGGUCCGCAAGGCGCUCCUGGGCCUCGUGGUAUAAAUGGCAAGGAUGGAAGGCCCGGCAUAAAAGGCGAUGCAGGUGUCCCAGGAAAGAACGGCAAGCCUGGACCGCCCGGACAGCAGGGUCCUCCAGGUGUAACUGGAAUACCUGGCCCUACUGGCGAAAAGGGUAACAAAGGGGAGGCAGGAAUUGAUGGUUCGAAAGGUGACAAGGGAAUACAGGGUCUCAAAGGGGCUCAAGGUUCACGUGGUCCAGCAGGGAAUGUUGGUAUAAAGGGUGAGCCUGGUGGGCAAGGACCAACAGGAGAACGUGGCCUUCCUGGAGACAAGGGCCCUAAAGGAACGUUGGGACAGCCAGGGAGACAAGGCCUUCCAGGACCACCAGGUGUGCAAGGUGAGGCUGGAAGAAAAGGUGACCGGGGAGAACAAGGCCAAAAGGGCGCCAUAGGUCACCCGGGAGACAAAGGACCAAGAGGACAUGAUGGUUUGCAGGGUGAGCAGGGCAGCGAAGGGAAACCUGGAAUUCCCGGUCCAAAAGGAGAAGCUGGAAAGAAUGGUGCAGACGGAAAAGAUGGAAUAGCUGGAAUGCCAGGGCAACAGGGGAAAAGAGGGGAGAAAGGCAAAAAGGGUGAAAUUGGCCUUCGAGGUGACAAGGGAACAGUAGGCCCAAAAGGACCCCCAGGACCUGCUGGGAAGAAUGGGAAUUUGGGUCUUCCCGGCAAAGAUGGGCUGCCAGGUCCUUCUGGCCCAAAAGGGCGUGACGGUGUUGAUGGAAAACCUGGUCAACAUGGAACAAAAGGUAGCAUGGGAUUCCCUGGCUUGGAUGGAAGACCCGGCGAAGAUGGCCCGAGAGGAGAAAGAGGUGAAAGAGGGCUGCCAGGCGAUCCUGGUGCUGAUGGGGCUCCCUGUAGCAAAGGAGAUGUGGGACCACGUGGAUUUAGUGGUGAGGCAGGACCUCCUGGACCACCAGGUGCUCAGGGACCCCCUGGUGAAACUGGAAGACCUGGCAAUCCAGGCCAAAAAGGAAAUGACGGUCCACGUGGUCCAGCUGGAACUCCUGGUGCAACUGGAAUCCCUGGCAUCAUUGGAUUGAAAGGCUCUACUGGUCCCCAAGGAUUGCAUGGCCAAAAGGGAGAAAAGGGUGAUACGGGAACAAAGGGAGAGCCAGGGAAAUUUGGCCCGCCUGGACCAAAGGGUGAUGCUGGAUCAACAGGCCAAGCAGGGCCAGUGGGUCUUGAAGGAGAAACGGGAGCCAAUGGAAGUCCCGGGCCAAGAGGAUACCCAGGAGAGAAUGGAGAAAAGGGUGAUACUGGACCUAAGGGACCACCAGGGAAAGUGGGAUACCGUGGGAGCCAGGGCAAUCGUGGAAGACCGGGCCCACCUGGUCCACCUGGACCCCCAGGUCCAUGGCAUGGAAUGUCAUCUGCGUAUCGCUUUCCGGGAGGAGACGGAUUUGCACACGGCUCGGCUUAUUACAAGUCUAGCAAUGGCAGACGACGAAGGUCGAUUUUGAAAGAAGAUGAUGAUAUCAGCACAUUGAAGGAGAAGGUGAAAAUACUUGCCAGACAUGUCCGCGAGUUGAAGAGUCCUUUGGGAAAUAAGGAAAACCCAGCAAGAAGCUGUUUGGAUUUGUUUCAUUGUGGAAAGAAAGUUGAAGAUGGGUAUUACUGGAUCGACCCUAACCAAGGAAGCCCACGUGAUGCCAUCCUCGCUUUCUGUAAUUUUACUGGUGGAGGGGAAACCUGCGUCAAGGCAGACGAAACUCACAGCGAGAUUUCCAAAAUUGAAUGGCCACAAGCUAGCUCUCCAAGAUGGCUCAGUCAAACAAGAAAUGGAUCAAAGAUUUCGUACAGCUCAGUAGGCCGAGUUCAGCUUACCUUUCUGAGACUGUUAUCAGAUCGCGUGAGGCAGAACUUCACAUUGAUUUCGCAAAAGCCUGUUCAGGAGCCGCCGAAGUUUCGGUUCUUGGAAUGGGCAAAUAACGGAAAUGAGUAUCCGAAAAGAAAAGUUCAAAUUCUUUCCAUUAAAUGCAAGAAUACAAAAUCAGGCAAAUGCGAGUCUAUAAUGGAGUUUUCUUCUAACGAACCCGACAACCUUCCGAUUGUGGACUUCAGUCCUGACCUAACUCAUUCAAGCUCUGAUGUCGUUGCGACUGCAAAGUUCCCCAGUACCAAUGCUCACAAAACUGAAAUUUCUGGUUUUCGAACUGGAGCAAUCUGUUUUUCGUAAUGCUGGUUUUUCAGGCACAGGGCCUAUGACCAAGACCUACUGAAGGAUCCGAAGCUUCCUAUGAAAUGGAGCAAAUGAAACAUUUCGCGUUUGAAAAACCUAGAUUUUGGUCAUUAGAGGGGAUUCGCAUAUCGCUUAAAUCAUUAGAGGAUUUUGCAAGUAGUUUGAAUAAGGGUCUGCAGUUUUUGUUUAUGCUAUCUACGUUUUUAAAGCAAGCAGAGAAUUCGCUAGUAUUCAGAAAUCGAUUUGGUAUUUCUUCAAAUUUUUUAUGCAAAACGAUGUAUUCAUCCCACUAAACUUUCCGUCUCCAUUUGCCAAUUAAGAGUGUUUCAAACGAAAUUCCAAAAAGUAGUAUUAAGAACUGAAUUAUCAAAACAAGAAACUUUUUGUCAUUAAACAGUAAUAUUACCUGAAAGAUUGUGUCAAACCUCUAAAAAGGUGGUAAUGCAAAUCACUAAACAACCCAAAGUAGGUUUUUUUACUUAUAUACCAAUCAUGAGACUACAUAAUAAUGUUUGAUUACAGCAGCUGCAUUACACUCUGUAAAUUUGAAAAUCUUUCUCAGUUAUGCUUCCAAAUCUCAAGGUUUGACAAUAAAACAAUUAUUAUGACACAAAUGGUUUUUUAUUAAAAGAGAGGGUUACAUUUCUGGUAUACCAGUAUGCCCUUCACCUUGCUACUUUCUGUACAAUGUAUGAGGCAUGUUUUCGCUGGUAAUUUUAAAAGACUUGACACGGUUCCUUUUUUACCUUUCCAGGGUUGUUCGAUGCAAACACUUUUAACUUGUUAUAUAACUAAUACUUCAUUGCUUUAAAUAUUUUUAAAUUUCAUUUAGAAUGGAUUAAGAACAGUUUUUUUAUUUUUUUAUGAAAUAAUUUUUUUAUACUUUUGUUAAAGCGUAAGCAUAGUGGGACGAAAAUAUCUAUAACUUCCAUUUAGAUUAUUUGAAUUAGAUUUUGAGCUUGUCAACUUUGUAAUUUUAGCAAAUCGUUCAAGUAAGGACGCUUAUUUAAUAAAACUAUGUAUUCUAUUUUAUGCAACGUAUUACUCAAACAAUGUAUUUCUAAAACUGCAACGGGGAAAUCUUCAGACAGGUGAAAAAAGGGUAGCACUCGGUACAACUGUAUCGGAAUAUAUGUAACAUAGAAUGUGUUUAGAGGGAGGUAUACAAAUGCAGCCAGAGGGUAUGUCUAUGAUUAAAGUAGCAAUCACAUUGCAGUUGCUUCGAUAUUGAUCAGCAAAAUGGCAUUUUACAUGAGCUAAUUUUUUGUAUUUACGAUAAUAUGGAACAAACCUUAUUUUUGGCUCACAUUUAGCUGUUGUGAAACAAAUUUCAUUGCAAAUUUAGUAUUGCAAAUUGUAACCCGAGUAGUCUAGUACACGAAUAAUGGAAGUCGUUCUACCUUUCAAACAUUUUU